AUGAAUCUCUCGUCUUUUCGCCCGGUCUUUCGGCCAUUCAGCGCCGCAGCUUCGCUCUUCCGCACACCCGCCACACAAUGCGCCGCGACAAGAACACCCGCCUCGGCAUCGAACUUCUCCUCCACAGCACGCCUGGAGAAAAGGGCUAAAGGCCCGGGGAAGGACCCCAGAAUCACAAACAUCCGCUACCACCUCUCCCACCCCCUAACCCCACGCCCUCUCCACUUCUCUCGCAACCGUUACCUCCGCCACUGGACAAUCCACCGCGCCUGGAUGCUCUUCCUGCGCAAGCGCCGCUGGGCUGAGGAGCGCGAACUCGAGCGCCAAUACAUGUCGAUGCGCGCCGCGUGCGAACACCUGCGUCUGAUGGAUUCGAACGGCAACAAAGUCAGUGAGGAGGAGGCUGGUGGCCAGGGACCUGAUGCUGGACGAUUGGGUGUUAGGGGACGCGAGGUGGGCAGGCUGUAUAGGAGUGCGAUGAUUAAGAGGGGGAUCUGGGGGAGUGUGCCAGUGGAGUAUGCGAGGGUGCAGACAGAUUACCCAAGUCGGCAGGGGUGGAACCAUGAGUGGACACGGAAUUAG